AGAGCAGCACUACAUUUCCCGCCAUGCAAGAGGGCGGUGGGAGGGCUUUCGAAAGGAGACGGAAGAUACAGUCAGCAUACGACCGGAGAAGGACUCAGGAAGCCGGCAAGUGCCACUACGGAGUCGUAAGCGGUGUUCUGAAGGGACCCGAGCAAGCGGGUGAAGAUGGCCGGGGAAAUGACCAUGCUGGGUUCUGCAAUUUUGACUCUCCUGUUAGCUGGAUACUUGGCCCAACAGUAUUUGCCUAUGCCCACACCGAAAGUAAUAGGGAUUGACCUUGGCACCACUUAUUGUUCAGUUGGGGUGUUCCUUCCUGGCACGGGGCAGGUGAAAGUGAUUCCUGAUGAAAACGGACACAACAGCAUCCCAAGUAUUGUCUCAUUCACUGAGAAAGAUGUAUAUGUGGGAUAUGAUGGACUUGAGCUGGCAGAUGCAAAUCCACAGAACACUGUGUAUGAUGCAAAGCGCUUUAUAGGAAAGAUUUUCACACCAGAGGAACUGAUAAGAGAAAGUAGUAGGUACCCCUUUAAGGUCCUUAACAACAAAGGAGCUGCUGAAUUUUCUGUUUCGAUGAAUGAGACGUUCAGUGUAACACCAGAAUACAUUGGUUCUCAGCUGCUCUUGAAAUUGAAGAGGAUAUCAGAGGAGUAUCUUGGAAUGCCAGUUUCCAAAGCAGUGAUUUCAGUGCCAGCUGAAUUUGAUGAAAGGCAGCGAAACUACACAAUUAAAGCAGCAAACCUUGCCGGGCUGGAAAUCUUGCGAGUAAUUAAUGAGCCUACUGCUGCAGCAAUGGCAUAUGGCCUCCACAAGGUCGACGUGUCCAAUGUUCUGGUGGUAGAUUUGGGUGGAGGAACACUGGAUGUUUCUCUGCUGAACAAGCAAGGAGGAAUGUUUUUAACACGAGCUAUGGCAGGUAACAACAAGCUUGGUGGGCAGGACUUCAAUCAACGGUUGAUGCAAUAUCUAUAUAAUGAGAUCUAUCUCAUGCAUGGCUCUCUGCCUUCCAGAAAGGAAGAGAUACAUAGACUCAGACAAGCUAUCGAAGCUGUCAAACUAAAUUUGACAAUUCACCACUCUUCCACAAUCAGGGUUUCUCUGACUAUGCCAGAGAAGAAGGACCAACAUCAACACUUGCAGAAGCAGAAUAAGAACCAGCAUGAAAAUAUUGCUUUAGAAUCUCAAAUGAAGAGUAUGGAGGACAGCUUUUCAGAAACACAGAGUGAUAAUACUUGGAAAAAAGUUGUCUUUGAAACAGAAAUUUCCCAAAAACUCUUUGAGACAUUAAAUGAAGACCUUUUUGAGAAGAUCCUUGUGCCCAUUGAGCAGGUGUUGGAAGAAGGGCAUCUCCACAAGACCGAAGUAGAUGAGAUUGUGUUAGUUGGAGGCUCCACCCGAAUUCCAAGAAUACGUAAAGUUAUUACACAAUUCUUUGGGAAGAAACCCAACACUUCUGUUGACCCAGAUUUGGCUGUGGUCAUAGGGGUGGCUAUCCAAGCAGGAAUUGUUGGAGGAUCAUGGCCUCUUCAAGUCAGUGCUGUGGAAAUCCCAAACAGGCAUUUACGAAAGAGAAAUUUCAAUUGAGUUUCAGUAUUCGUAUACCUUCUGUGUUAUUCCUAACUUUUGAUCCAUUUGCAUGGUACUGGGCUUUGCAGAGUCUGUUAGUUUGUCCCUCAUUUUCCUUUGCAAAGGUUUGGUAAUUUGAAACUGAGAGGGGUUAAUUUCUACUUGAGCUGCAGAAAAGUGUGCUCAUUUGUGAAAACUAGUGGUCAAAAACACUGUUCAUGAAAAGUAACUUUGUCCCCCCCCUCCCCCAGUUGAGUAAUCACCAAAGCCUCCAGACUUCAUUACUUGAAAAGAGAAUUAAAUAAUUCUGGAAUUAUGAUGGCAAUAGUGUUGACAUUGUCUCCUGGCUCUUCCCAGGUAUUUGUAUUGCCUGUGCUCGACUCGGCACAUUGCAGUAUUUAUUCAGACGUUCAUGUUAAAUGACAUUUGAAAGCACUUUCUCAAUGUUGCAUUCAAGCUUGAAUGUUUUAGACACCGUUAUCAACAUUUCUUGUCUAAUGUGUUCCUUAGCAGUAAUGGCCAUGGGAAAUUAUUACUUCUGAAGAGCUGUUUUAAUAUUUUCUACUUUGAGGUGGUAAGAAAUCAUGGUUAUGAAAGGUUGAGAGAGAGAGAGAGAGAAUAGCAUCUGAGCAUCGACAGUUCAGAUGUCAAGCUAAACAAAUGCUUAGUGUUACAUGAAUUGGAGUGGUACACUCUUCCAGCAAGAUCAUGAUUCGAAGCUUUUGCUUUCCAUUUUCCAGUUAUUCGCAGUUUUACCAUUAUGUUGAAUCUUUAAACUUGUAACUAUUGAUAUGAACCAAUGUCAUAAACUCUUGUUUGAACUUGACUUGUUUCAAUGACCAUUGGAAUUGCACAAUGUGUCAGCCAGAAAUAAGGAAAGUAUAUAGGAAUGAGGUUUGCUUUGAAUAAACCAUGGCUGGGCACUUUCUGGCCCUCCAUUUUUUUCUAAAGUAGCCCAUCACUGUUGGCAAAUACAUUCAGUGCUGUGGGAUGAUGGGAGUUGUACAGAGACAUCUGAAGAGAUACAAAGUGCUCAUACUAAACUGUAGUUUAAUAUGUUCAGAUGAAGGCACUGUAUGUAUCUCAGUCUGAUGGCUGUCUUCCAGUUCUGAUAGACUAAUACUCCUGAAGUUAUUUCAUAAGGACAUUCUUUUGUCUGCACUUUAGCUGUUGCUGUUUUUGCACUUCAGGAAACAGUUUAACAUUCCAUGUAAAACCUCAUUUGAAAUAGUACAUUCAGUUACUGUUUUGGUAGAAAGUAAUGUAUUGGAUAGAAAUAUUCCAUGAUUAUUGAAUGAGAACACUCCAUGCUUGAUAAUAACAAUAUUGGUAUUCUGAGGCUGCCAUUGGUCUGUAGUAUUGGAGGAAGCAUAUAACUGUUUACUGCUCAUACUAGGUUUAGAUUUGUUUUCAAAACUGUUAGUUGUCUUAAUUUAAAUGGUCUAAAUCAUUUGCAAGUCCCAUCAUAAGUGAUUCCAUUAGAUCAACAAGAUGUAUGUACUUGUUGAUUUAUACAAAGGAUAGCCGGAAAGUAAGGUUACAAGAUUUUUUUAAAAUACAAAGAAUGAAAACUUGCAUGGAUUAUAGCAUAGGUAUUACAUUAUUUUUCCACAUAAUCCUAAUUCAGUUCAAUACAUUUUGUCAUCCAUGCGAUGAGGUUUUUGAUGCCUGUGUCAUAGAAGUCUCCCGCCACCUUUUUGAGCCAGUUCAUCACUUUGAUUUUCACCUUGAUGUCAUCAGAAAAGUGUUUUCCACCCAGGUGUUCAUUCAAUUUAGUGAACAGAUGAUAGUCAUUGGGUGCGAGAUCAGGGCUUUGAGAGGGGUGGCUUAAAACAUCCCAACCAAAUGAAGUCAGCAACUCUUGUGUUUCAUGAGCAGUGUGUGGAUGUGCAUUGUCAUGAAGGAGAGACUCCUGCCAUCAGCAUCCCACAACGUUUGUUUUGGAUGGCUCUGUAAAGUUUCUUUAUAGUCUCACAAUAUCUUGCAGCAUUGUUUCUCCUCUUUCCAAAAAAUGAAAAGCAGAACCCCUUUUCUGUCCCAAAAAACUGACGCCACCAUUUUUCUCAGAAUGAAUCGCAGAGGCAUUCAUGCCUGUUAGCAUUUAGGUAGCGUAUUACAGCUUAAACUUCGCACUUGGUGGGUAAUGGAAUGAGGAUGCUCAUUUCUAACCUUCACCACAAUGCCAGUUGAUGAGUAGUGCCAGGCAUCAGUAGCUUGUUUGCUUCCGCUGGCUUCCCACCACACAGCAGUGAUACCAACUUCCUCUCUGAAAAUUCUCCACGAGAGCUACGUGCUUUGUAACCUUACUUUCCGGAUAACCCUUGUAAUUCAGUAGUUGGUUUAGUGGGCCUGCUCUAUUUGAGAUUAGCAAAUGAGUGAGGGCCAGACGGAUUAUUUUUCAAUCCUAAAUUAUCUAAAACAAUACUGAGGUUUCUUUUCUUUUUUGGCUUUUGGUAUUCAUUCACAUGGACAAAUGGAAACCUGGCAAAGUAAUUUUUCUCUUGGCUAAAAGCAUUUCAGCAUAAUUGGGGAAGUAGUUACAAGGAUUAAAUGGUGACUGCCUAUUUUACACAUGCUUUUCUAUGUGCGCUCUUUGUUAGAACCAUUUGUGUGUGGAGCAAAGCUUAUACUGUAUUGAUAUCAACUACUUGCCCAGUUUUCAGGGAACUGUGAAUCAUUCUCAGUACUCAAACUUGGCUUCCCUUUCCUUUAAAUCUUAGUUCACAAUCUGAAGAGCAAACUGUUUUUAAAUUUUUGUUUUAACAGUUCUGAGUCUUUAGGUGUCAGUUGUUUCAUUUUUUUAAAGUACAAAAAAUUCCACUGGCCUUAAUGGUUCUUUGGAUUUGGACUGUACUUUUUCUAAAUCUGAAACUCUUCACACAUUUCACGUGUGAGGGAUGUGUGGUACUCCAGAUGUUUAACUUCAGUUCCCAUUAGUCCUACCUAACAUCACUUGAGAAGAGGGAUGAUGGACAUUGCUGUCCAACAAUAUCUGGAAGAUUACACAGCCUUCAUUUCUGAUGUGUGCCUUAACUCAUUUCUGACAUAUGGUGACUCUUAAGGCGAGGUUUUCUUGGUAAUUUUUUUUUUCAGAGGAAGAUUUAUUUGCCUUCCUCUUGGUAAAAGAAUGUGACCUUCCCAAAGCCAGUCUGGGUGUGUUCACCAUGUAAGCUGUCUUUCCAUCUCUUAAAACUGCACCAAUUAAUUGAGACAUACACUAGAUACUGUAUACUCUUGAUGAUAGAAAAGGGAAGUCAACAGUUGAAUUGAAAUAGUCUUUUAUAUUCUUGCCAACACAAAGCCUUCUCCAGUUGCUUGCAAAGUUGGUAGCAGUGCUCAUUUAUAUUAAUGUUUUGUUUGAUUAAGCAAGAAAAGGAAUGCUUUACCUCAGUGUAUUAUAAAUGCUGUUGAUCUGUUUUUUUAUUAUUAUUUUGAAAUAUGUUGGAACCAUAAGUUAUUAGGUAAUGAUUUUUAUAUAGUCCAAACAUGUUAAAAGUUAAACUUUGACAUAUGGCAUUCAUAUGGGUAAUAGGCUAAUCCUAUUUUGUGUUAAAAUUGAACAAAUUAAUACCAAGGGAACAUUUUUUGUAUCUUACAUUCAGAUUUAGCAGGAAGAAGAAAGCAUUUUCUUUGUAUUUUGAAGAACAAAAGGAAAGCCGCCUCUGGUGGACCAAUCUAUCUAACUAUUAUGGGGCAGAUACAGACCUGCACAGGUAGUUAAAGCAGAAUAGAUGUGCUUGCUUUUGACCCUUAACAUUACAUCAGGGUGGAGAACUUUCGGACGACAACUCCUUUCAUACCUUGCCAUUGGCUAGACUUCUGAAAACUAGGCUCAGUGCUGAGAUUGAGAUUUAGCUGCAGGGUUAGAAGAGUUGUUUUACAGAGAUAAACACAUUUUGGACAUCAUCCAUUGAUUCUCAACCUGUGGGUCCCCAGAUGUUUUGGCCUUCAAUUCCCAGAAAUCCUAACAGCUGGUAAACUGGGAUUUGUAGGCCAAAACAGCUGGGGACCCACAGGUUGAGAACUACUGAUUUUUACACAAAAAAUAAUCACUGUAAAAUGUUUCUUUUUCAAGACACUGCUGUCUAAAGAAAAAGAACAUGCUUAUGUGUUCAAAUUGUUCUCAUGCGUGUCUGUUAAAUUACUGUGUAUGAAACAAGAUUUAUACUUUCUUAGAAGUAUAGUAUGUUAAGUUAGCUAAGACAGUGGUCAGUCUUUUUUCGCUGCUGCUACAGUUGUUACUAGAUUGUUGCACAGAAAAUGGGUGAAGGCUACUGUGGAACAUCUUUCUUGAAUGAUGCGUUUAUGAAAUUGACUUUUUGUAUAAAAAUAAAAGGCCUUUUUCUA